AUGGCACCUUUUGAGGCGUUGUAUGGUAGGAGAUGUCGAUUUCCUGUUUGUUGGGAUGAUGUUGGAGAGAAGAAACUUUUGAGGCCUGAACUUGUGCAGUUGACUGUUGAAAAGGUCUCUUUAAUCAAGGAAAGAUUGAAAGCAGCACAAAGUAGACAGAAGAGUUAUGUUGAUAAUUGCAUAUGGGAUUUAGAAUACCAUCCCCUUAAGAAAGUGAAGGAGUUGAAUAGAAAGAAAGAUAUCGUGUGCCUUAUCUUAUCAUAUCCUCCUAUGAAUUCAGCUAACAAAGAGAGACACAAGAACUGGGUUCGGGAUGUUUUGAAGAUAAAUCACAAAGUAAGGGAAAUGGAAACAUUUUCAAGCCGGAAAAACACGAGUUUCUCAGAGCUAACUUCUGAAAUCACUACACUGCUGGAUCAUUCACUCGAUGAUAUUGAAGCUUAUGUUCCACCAAUAAUCAUUGAGAAGAUGUGUGAGAAAACUUUGCAAGUAACAGAGCCUGAUGAAAAAUUACGUAAUUUGGCUGUUAAUUUUGCUACUCGCCAAAUUCUAGAAGAAAUAGAAAAUCCUGAGGUCCGGAGGAUCAGGAUUUCAGGAAGAGAUGGGAUCAGAGUAACAUCAGCAGUGAAAGAUCUACCACAGAUACGAAAAAGGUUUAAUAUCGUCAUUCAGGUUGAUGCCUCAUCAUAUCCAAAUAUUAAAGGCAUUGAAGAGAAUAUCGCAACACAAUUAGGCUUCUCAUUGGACAUUUGGGUGUUAAAUAGGGUCUUGAAAAACACCAGUUUCUUAAUCUUUCUGGAUGACCCUUAUGAAAGGAUCGAUCUGUAUGAAGUGGGAAGAAAGUGGUGGAACUCAAAGAACAUUCAAAAGAUAGUUUGUUCGACUAGUUGUUCGACUAGAUCCCAGGAAGUUCAUCAAAGAAUGGCAUUGGAUCGACAGAUCAGGUUGGAGGAUCAUCUGUUAUCUUGGGAAUUAUUUUGUUUGAAUGUUGGCAAAAUUGUGCAUUCUUCAGGUUUCCAACACAGAGCCAUAGAUGUGGUUCAAAAGUGUUCUGGCCAUUUACUUGCUGUUGCUCUAAUGGCAAGAGCUUUGAAAAUGGUCUUCGAUGUCAGCAUCUGGGAACAUGCAUCUUAUAUACUAAGCUUGCCUCACAGAUCUCAGUGGAAAGACAGAGUUUUGUAUAAUGCAUUAGCUUUCAUUCUGGGGCGUUCAGGUUCAGCAGAUAAAUGUGUAAACUACUGUGCAUUUUACAUGGAGAGGGAAGGAGUGGACAAAGUUGAUUUGAUUCAGGAGUGGAUCCGACAUGCCUUAAUCAGCACAUUUGAUGAAGGAGAAAAGAUUGUUCAAGAUCUUGUCAGUGCCUUCUUGUUAGAGAGUUUUCAGAAUGGAUAUUUUGUCCAAAUGCGAGAUGAAAUCCGUGAGGUGUUAGUAAAUUCCCAAUUUCUUUUGCAAGGUGGAAAGGGUCUUACUAAGGCACCAAAAGAUGAUGCAUGGGAGGAAGCCAGUGAAAUCCAUUUGAUGAAUAAUAAACUUUCUGAGCUGCCAAAGAUUCCAAAUUGUCCCCAACUCUGUGCAUUGUUCUUACAAAAGAACCCUUCUUUGCGAGUUAUUCCUCCACUUUUCUUUCAACGUAUGCCUAUACUCCAAAUCCUAGACUUGUCGCAUACUAAAAUAAGAUCAUUACCUCAAUCUCUUUAUGGGUUGGCACAACUGCAAAGACUCUUUUUGAGAGGCUGUAAACUCUUCAUGGAGCUGCCACCUGAAGUCGGAAAACUCAGUAAUCUUAAGGUGCUUGAUCUUGAGGGGACUGAAAUUAUAAGGCUACCUGUGGAUGUUGGAAAAUUGACAAAUUUAACUUGCUUGAAAAUGUCGUUUUGUGGGGAUAAUGACAAUAGAAAAGAUAACCAAUACUCAAACAGAAUAAUUCCUCAGGGUGUGAAGUCCAAUCUAUUUCAUUUGAAAGAAUUAAUCAUAGAUGUCAAUCCUAAUGAUAAGCGAUGGAAUGCCAAUGUGGAAGAAAUUGUAGAGGAAGUGUGCAACUUAGACCGGUUGGAGGCUCUUCAACUUUACUUUCCAGAAGUUCUACUUUUGAAUAACUUGAUGGAUGGAUCAUCAAUAAACCUCCCAGGAAUGCACUUUAGAUUUACUGUUGGCAGCCAUCUGAAGCCCAUAAUAUCCCGACUACCACUUGAAGCUAUAGCUAAAUUUGAAGAAGAAGAAAGAUGCUUGAAGUAUGUGAAUGGUAAAGGUGUCCCAACUAAAAUUGAGGAGGUACUUGAGCUCGCUACUGCAUUGUUCCUGGAUCGCCAUUCAACUGCUACCAGUUUAUCUGAGUUUGGAAUUGAAAAUAUGAGGAAUCUAAAAGUUUGUGUAUUAGGCGAAUGUGAUGAGAUUCAAACCAUUACGGAUGCAGAUGAAGAUGAUGAUGGAGCUGUUCAUUUGGAAGGGGCCACUUGGAUGGCGUUCUCUAUCACAUCUAAAAGCUUUGGUGCUGCAUACAUGCCCCCAAUUGACUACCAUUUUUACUUGGAAUGA